GAUGCUUUCAUAGCAAUGGGCAAGGAGCCUCUCACCCUGAAGAGCAUCCAGUUGGCUAUGGAGGAGCUAUAUCCCAAGAACCGGGCCCUUGCCCUGGCCCCACACAGCAGAGCCCCCUCCCCAAGGCUGAGGAGCAGACUUCCCAGCAAGCUUCUGAAAGGAAGCUAUCGCUGUGGGGAGGUGGGAAACUGUAAUGAGGUCAUGGGAAGCAGGGCAGUCACCAGGCAUCAGGGAAAGACCCCUACGGAGCUGGCCCUGGAAGACAAGGUGAGGGCCCAGAAGAAGUGGGUAAGAGGGAAACAGGAGCCAGAACCCGGUGCCCUGCCACCACCCACAGAAGCCACUUUGGAGGAGACUCAUGCAGGUGGGGAGAAGCACCUGGGGCUGGAGAUUGAAAAGACUUCCGGGGAGAUUGUCAGGUGUGAGAAGUGUAAGCGAGAAAGAGAGCUGCAGCUGGGCCUGCAGAGGGAGCCCUGCCCUCUGGGGAUCAGUGAGCUGGACCUGGGGAGGGGUCAGAAGUGGGAUUCCGAGAAGCUGGUGAGGACCAAGAGCUGCAGGAGGGCUUCUGAGGCAAACUCCACGGAUGGAGAGGAAGGGUGGAAGGGCGAGAACCAUCGGAGCAGCCCCAGGAAUCCCCCUCAGGAGCUGAGGAGACUCAGCAACCACUCAGACAAGAAAGAAAACAGAUGCUCGGAAUCUCAGGAAAGUCACCCUCAAGGAGCAGCUAGGACCCAGAAGGACCUCGCGGAAGGUCCACCAGCCGUACAGGAUGGGCUGGUGGAUGCGAGGAAAGACUCCAGGCAUACAUGCAGGAACAAACAUGGGGCCUGGCUCCUGAGGGAGCACCAGGCCGAACCCCCACAACUCCCCAGGACCCGAGGGGAGGAGAAGGAAGCGGACCACGGGAAGAAGCCAGGUGGGUCAGGAGGAAGGAGGAUGGUGCUAGAAAAGGAGCCGAAGACGAAGCUGGAAGAGAGCAAGCCAGACCGGCCCAGUGGCCGGAAGCUGCGGCCUCUGGGCAUCGUCUCAGCUGAUGUGGAGAAGCACUAUGAAAUCGGGAGGGUCAUUGGGGACGGGAACUUCGCCAUCGUGAAAGAGUGCAAACACCGCGAGACCAAGCAGGCUUUCGCCAUGAAGAUUAUUGACAAGUCCAAGUUGAAGGGUAAGGAGGACAUAGUUGACAGUGAGAUCUUAAUCAUUCAGAGUCUCUCUCAUCCCAACAUAGUGAAACUGCACGAGGUCUAUGAAACUGAAGCCGAGAUCUUCCUGAUCAUGGAGUACGUUCAGGGAGGGGACCUUUUCGAUGCCAUCAUUGAAAGUGUCAAGUUUCCAGAGCACGAUGCUGCGCUCAUGAUCACAGACUUGUGCAAGGCCCUCGUUCACAUGCACGACAAGAAGAUCGUCCACCGGGAUCUGAAACCAGAAAACCUUCUGGUUCAGCGGAAUGAAGACAAGACUACCACCUUGAAGCUGGCUGAUUUUGGCCUGGCAAAACACGUGGUGAGGCCUAUAUUUACUGUGUGUGGGACGCCCACAUAUGUAGCUCCUGAAAUCCUUUCUGAAAAAGGCUACGGCCUGGAGGUGGACAUGUGGGCUGCCGGUGUGAUCCUCUACAUCCUCUUGUGUGGCUUCCCGCCUUUCCGAAGUCCUGAGAGGGACCAGGAUGAGCUCUUCAGCAUCAUCCAACUGGGCCAGUUCGAGUUCCUCGCUCCUUACUGGGACAGCAUCUCUGAUGCUGCCAAAGAUCUGGUGAGACAUUUGCUGGUGGUGGACCCCAAGAAGCGGUACACAGCCCACCAGGUCCUUCAGCAUCCCUGGAUUGAGAUGGCUGGGCACAGCACAGUGAACCCACAGAAGGACGAGUCCCCCAGCAGCGAGGGUCGCUUCCAGAGCCAACACAGGAAGGUUGCAGGGCAGGUGUCGUAG